GCAAGGCCCGUGCAGCGGGUAAGGAUGUCGCAGACUCAUCUGACUCUGAGGAGGAGGACGAGGAUGGACAGUAAUUCAGCUACUGAGGCUACCGACAUUCAAGUUGACGAGCUCAGUCGCAUGGGUCCCGUUCCUCCGUAUUUCCUACAACCCGCCAUGUAUAGUAGCGUAGAAGAUCCUAUGAAGCGUUGUAUAUGCUCUCCUCCGCUUAUCGGCUCACACUGCACCACCUAG